AUGGCAGGCAAGUCGUCGACAUGCGUGGGAUGUCCCAACCAAGCAGCAUGCGCCUCUGGCCAGUCGUCUGCCCCUGAUCCAGCCAUAGAAGAGAUCAAAGCGAGAAUGUCGCUCGUGAAACACAAAAUCCUCGUGCUGAGCGGGAAGGGAGGAGUGGGAAAAUCGACAGUCGCAUCUCAAGUUGCGAUGGCGUUGAGCGGAGGAGGCAACGUGACUGGUUUGCUUGACAUCGAUGUCUGUGGGCCUAGUGCGCCUAGAAUGCUCGGCGUUGAGGACAUGGACGUGCAUCAGUCAGGGUCAGGGUGGCAGCCUGUUUGGGUGGAUGAGAACUUGUGCGUGAUGUCUAUCGGCUUCAUGCUCCCCUCACGAGAUGACGCGGUCGUAUGGAGGGGGGUAAGGAAGAUUGGUCUGAUCAAACAGUUCCUCAAGGAUGUGAACUGGGAGAAGCUUGACUACCUCGUCAUCGAUGCUCCUCCGGGCACAUCAGAUGAACACAUCACAAUCGCCCAGUGCCUCAACCAAACGUCAAACGUCGGAGCCGUCAUCGUCACUACCCCACAGGAGGUCGCACUGUUGGACGUCAGGAAGGAGAUCAACUUCUGCAGGAAAGCAGGAGUCAAAAUCCUUGGGGUCAUAGAGAACAUGGCCGGUUUUGUCUGCCCUCACUGCGGAAACUCCUCAGAGAUCUUCGUUCCGAGCGAAGCUGACUCAGUCCAAGGACCCAGCGCGGUCCUCCGGGGAGCGGAGGCGAUGGCCAAGAAGCAUGGUAUUCCCUUCCUGGGAAGGAUUCCUCUAGACCCGAAGCUAGGUAUCGCGUCAGAACGAGGGGAAGCGCUCAAGAAUUCUCUUGCGUUGCAGUCUCUACAGUCAGCUGUCCAGAAUCUCCGAAUCAACUGCAAAGGAAACACCUGA